AAAGCUUCAUGAAAGCUUGUACUCCCUAUAUUGGCAUGCUCAUUGUACAGUUUGCUUAUGGAGGUUCCAACAUCCUUUGCAAACUUGCACUUGAGAAUGGCCUCAGUUAUCUUGUCUUUAUAGUAUACCGCCAUCUCAUCGCCAUGGUUAUUCUUGCUCCUCUUGCUUAUCUUUAUGAAAGAAAGAACAGACAUUCACUCUCACUUGCAAUCCUUGCAAAGAUCUUCGUUUUGGCUCUGUUUGGGACUACUAUUCACCAGAACUUAUAUUAUGCUGGUUUAGAUUACACUUCUCCCACUGUUGCCAGCGCUCUGGCCAGUGUCAUCCCUGUUCUCACCUUCAUCUUGGCAACUCUUUUAAGGAUGGAGAGGAUCAGUAUGAAGAACAAGAAGGGAAGAGCCAAACUCUUAGGCACAACAAUAUGCAUAAGUGGAGCUUUGAUAUUUACAUUUUGGAAAGGUCAUCAGUUUAAAGGAUUUGUUGAGAAACCUUUGAUUGUAGUGAAUGGUAAUGUUCAUGCUCAUGAAGCAGAGCAUGAAAGACAUGAUUGGAUCAAAGGCUCUGUUCUUAUUCUGACAAGCUAUAUUGCUUUCAGUGUCUGGCUUAUUCUUCAGGGGAUUGUUUAUAAGGUGUAUCCUGCUGGACUGUCAAUGAACACCAUCAUCUGUUUUUUUGCUGCAUUGCAAUCUUCAGUACUUGCCUUAAUCUUUGAAAGGAACAGUUCAUCUUGGCAUUUGAGUUGGAACAUUCAACUUGUGACAAUCAUAUACUGUGGGACUUUUAUAUCUUGUUUGGCUUAUUACCUACAGACAAUUUGUGUCCAUGAAAAGGGACCUGUAUUUGUGGCCUUGUUCAUGCCACUGCUUCUGGUCAUUGUGGGAGUUUUUUCUGCUAUUUGUUUUGCAGAAAGACUUCAUUUGGGAAGCUUAAUUGGUGCUUUUAUGAUCAUAUUGGGUCUAUACUGUUAUCUGUGGGGCAAGAACAGAGAUACUGUCAAAGAUGAAGAGGAUAAAGACAUUGAAGAACAGGAUGAAAUGUUCAGCAAGAUAGGUCUGCAAACACAAAGCUAAAGUGAUAUAUGGUGUUCAGAAACAUAAUUUAAUGGCCUUUUUUUUAAUUACAGAAGUUGCAGAUGUUUGCAUAUGUUAAACUUACUUUAAUGCUGAUUAAUCAUGAACUUUUAGAAAGUUAAUCAUUUUAAAAUCAGUUACUACUAAUUCUUUUAACAAGUGGGGAAAACUACUGCCUUUUGUCCACUUUGAUAAUAAUACU